UAAUAUUUAUCUCAAUAUGUCAUAGAUUUGAAUAAUUGGACUGUAAACAAGUGAUUUUUUUAUUAGUUUUGUUCAAAUUGACCCUAAGUGCUUCCUCUCAUCGCAUCCAUGAUCACAGAAUUCUUAAAAUAUGGCCACAAGUUCACGGACAUCAAAUGCGCCACCAUUAACGGAAGAGCAAAUGGUGAAGGGUAUGAAGGAACAUUAUAAACAGAAAGAGGAAGGAUUGUCUCAGGUCAAACUUCAGGUGGAAAUAAUUUGGUCAACUAUUCAGAAAAGAUUUCAGCACAUUUGCACAAGAGAGAAGGAGAAUUUUACUGCUCCCUCCUUGACUAGUGAGGAUAAAGACCAGAUAUUGUACCUCAAUCAGCAACUGACCCAACUUUCUGACAAUCUUAGACGACUCGUGUCUGACGAGAAUCAGGAACAAAGACAUCUAGACUACAUCAAGGUGUACUGUCAGCAAUAUUCAAAGAAAGACAACUCUAAUUUCAUGAGGGAAAUUCAAGAGUUACAAGGAAUGCAUUCUGCAAACUGUUUACAGACAGAAGAAAUUGAGAACCACAUUAACAGAGGUAUCAGGCAUCUUUCCAAAAUCAAAAGAGCUCUCAAUGGUGAGGUGAAUGAAAAAGAAUCAAGAGGUCAAGGACAGGUCAAAAAUACCAAGGUCACUUACAGCCAAAGGAGCACGAUAAAAUCAGCUCUUCAGGAAAGAAACUAAUGUCAAAGAGAAUGUGAGGAGACACAAAUAUAUUGAUCUAAUUUGAAUUUAAUUUUAAUUAUAUUGAUACUUCUGCUUUAAUAGUAUUCAAAAGUUGUACACUUGAAUGAACACUGUGCAUGUAUGUCUUAUUUUGGCUUUAAACAAAUAUAUAUUUAUGCAUUUACACAGUUAUAAUCUGUCUACUUGGUCACACAGUAUAGAAGAUUCAACAUAUUUCUUCAAAGUUAAUAUUAAUAAUUUAAGGAUGUGUAAUUAUCUUUCUCGGAAAAUAAUUUAACCUCAUCUGUAUACAUAAUUAUGUAGUUUAAUAUUAUUAAGACACCAAACCAAUAAAAACAGUCAGAUAGUUAUUGGAAAUAUUUUUCAAUAUUCUAUUGAAUAUUUUAAUGAAUGUGCAAACUGCUGAUAUAUACUGUAACAUCAUCCCCCCAUAACAAUCCUGAAACUUUACUUUCUGGAAUAUUGAAAAAUAAAAGGUCCAUGUCUAUGUUUUAAGACUUAUGCAAGUAAAUAUACCCACGUUUUGUGCAUGCAUAUUUAUUUUAUCUCUAUCUUUUGUAUUAAUUUUCUUUAUAAUUAUUUGACUUAUGUAGAUGUGAUUAUGCAAUA